UUUUUUUUAUUUGAUAAUUAUGGUGAUAGUGUAUAGGCCUUACGUGAGUAGAUGGGCACGCGCUUGGAAGGCACUUAAAGCAAAACCUCGACAUUGGAUGUACAAUUAUACCGAAAUAUUUUUUUCUUCUGUCUUCUGCAUACCUGUCACUAUUGUUGCUUUGGGCUUCAAAGUUUAUAGGGAUGGAUUGCCUGAUGAUUUGCCUACUUUGGGCUUUAAAAGACCUCCCUAUUAUCGCCAGUUUUAUGAAGUUCGUCGUCCAAACGACCGUUUGGCGUUGAAUUGGCGUCCGCCUGAAGAUUAUCCACCCUUUUUUCAUUAUCAUCGUCCGGGUGUUUGGCCGGCACAUAGUUGGAAGGACCAUGCUUGGGAUGUUAAAUAAAUAGAGAUAAUGUAAAGGAAGAAGAAUAUU